GAAGUCAGUCCCACUCCCAGUCGCCGGCCGGUUUCUUCACGCGCUUGUUGUUUGAAAGGAAAUAUCAUGUUGCGAAAUAUUAGUAAAGUUGUAACGCAAAAUGCGAAAUUUUCCACAGCAGCUGCACCGGCACCUCAUACUAACCCCGAAAUUCUCUACACCGGACUCUUCAUCAACAAUGAGUGGGUAAAUUCUUCAGACGGGAAGACCUUCCAGACAGUGAACCCGGCCAAUGGCAAGGUCAUUGCGGACGUCCAGCAGGCAGGCCAGGCUGAUGUGGAACAGGCAGUGCAGGCCGCCAAUGAGGCUUUCAAGCUCGGAUCUCCAUGGCGGAGAAUGGAUGCCUCCCAGCGCGGGUUGCUGAUCAACAAACUCGCUAAUUUGGUGGAGCGCGAUGCCACUUACCUCGCAAGUUUGGAAACGCUCGACAACGGCAAACCGUACCAAAUGAGCUACUUCCACGAUGUGGUGUCGGUGGUGAAGAACCUGCGGUACUACGCCGGCUGGGCCGACAAGAACCACGGGUACACUCUGCCCGCCGAUGGAAACUACUUCGCGUACACCCGUCCCGAACCUGUCGGAGUAUGCGGUCAGAUCAUCCCGUGGAACUUCCCCGCUCUGAUGGCGGCGUGGAAGCUCGGUCCCGCGCUGGCGGCCGGCUGCUCGCUCGUGCUCAAGCCCGCUGAGCAAACCCCGCUGACGGCGCUCUACCUCGCACAACUCGUCAAGGAAGCCGGAUUCCCCGCUGGCGUGGUGAACGUACUGCCAGGCUUUGGAGACGUCGGUGCCGCUAUCGUCGCGCACCCAAAGAUCGACAAAAUAGCCUUCACUGGAUCAACGGAGGUAGGCAAACUGAUCCAGCGCGGCGCGGCGGAUUCCAUGAAGCGUAUCACCCUGGAGCUGGGGGGCAAGUCGCCCAACAUCAUCUUCGCGGACGCCGACGUCGGCGCCGCCGUGGAGCAGGCGCACCACGCGCUGUUCUACAACAUGGGCCAGUGCUGCACCGCCGGAUCCCGUACCUUCGUGGAAGACAAGAUCUAUGACCAGUUCGUGGAGCAGGCGGCGAAGCGCGCCGCCAAGCGCAAGGUCGGGGACCCCUUCCAUCACGAGACCGACCACGGACCGCAGAUCGACGGCGAACAACAGAACAAGAUCCUGGGCCUCAUCGAGACGGGCAAGCAGCAGGGAGCCAAGCUCGAGACUGGGGGUUCCCGUGCCGGUGACGCUGGGUACUUCGUGCAGCCCACCGUCUUUAGUAAUGUGGAGGACCACAUGGACAUCGCUAAGACUGAGAUCUUCGGGCCCGUCCAGCAAGUGCUGCGCUUCUCGGACGUGGACGAGGUGAUCGAGCGCGCCAACAACACGGAGUACGGGCUUGCCGCCGCCGUCUACACCAAGGACAUCGACCGCGCCAACUACGUUGUACAGACCCUCCGCGCCGGCACGGUGUGGGUGAACGACUACAACGUGUUCUGCAACCAGGUGCCGUUCGGCGGCUUCAAGCAGUCCGGCCUCGGCCGCGAGAACGGCCCCUACGGCGUCCGCAACUACCUCGAGAACAAGUCCGUUGUUGUCAAGAUUACCGCUAAGAACUCGUAGACUUCACGUGCCUAUAAACGUAAACAAUAACCCCCUUAUUCAUAAAACUUUAUGGGCCUGAUUUAGUUAAAUUAUGUCUUAUCGCUUUCUUACGAAUACAUAAGUCAAAAUGACAAUGACAGAUAAUGACAAACGAUUAUUACAUGAGGUUUGUGGCGCGUUUUUGAAUAAGGGGGUAAGGCUACAAAUUUGCGCAUGAAGUCUAAGGAAUUACAGUGCUUGUUUAUCUUGCCUGGUGCAACAGAAGCUCGAAUAUUCUGAUUUCAUGCGCGAAUUGUAGUUUUAAAAAUAGGUUUGUAGGUGUAUGUGUGUAAAAUAACAGAUCAUUGCCAAAUAGCACAAACUUAAGUUUUUGGGACACAGUUUUAGGAUUAUAAUUAUGCUGUCUGUAUAUCUUUUCUUUGGCACAAUAUUGUAAUUCUACUUCAUUACUUAUAAAAUGUGAUAAAAAUCUCUGUCUUCCGUAUCUUAGUUAUUAUGAGGCUGAUACAAUGCAUUUGCAUAAAAGGUGCCAUUUCCGUUUAUCAUAAUUAUACGGCUAACACCUUCACUGCGGCAAUUAUUGUAACUUGUAAUUAAGCAUUUCGACCCCAUGCCGCAGUGAACGUGUUAAGUGGUCACUUCAUUGCAAUAUAUUAAGUAUAUGAUAUACGUAUGUAUGUUCAAGUUUAUUUUAAUAAAUAUAAACUUAAA